GUAUUCCGCUCUGCUCUGGAUGACAGUGUGUGUAUGUGUGUGCGUGUGUGUGUGUGUGCAUGUGUGUGUGUAUUUUCCACACUGAAAAGGGUGUGAGUGAACACAGAGGAGGAGGAGGAAGAGUCGGACUACUUUUUUUUUUUUUGACUGACACUAAUCAGUUUGGUAGGACCGACUGCUGUUACCUUAAUUAUCAGUAUUGUCAAGAUGGAAGUUGCAGAAUUCCGCAAGCGAGGGAAGGAGAUGGUGGACUAUAUAGCCGACUAUCUGGAGAACAUUGAGAAAAGGAAUGUUUAUCCCGACGUGGAGCCCGGCUACCUACGAGCGCUCAUUCCUGAGGUGGCCCCGGAUGAGCCAGAGACGUAUGAAGACGUGGUUAAGGACAUCGAGCGGGUCAUCAUGCCUGGGGUAACCCAUUGGCACAGCCCAUACUUCUAUGCCUACUUUCCCAGUGCUAACUCCUUCCCUGCAUUACUGGCAGACAUGCUGUCCGGGGGAAUCGGCUGUGUUGGUUUCUCCUGGGCAGCGAGUCCGGCUUGUACUGAGCUGGAGACCGUGGUGCUCGACUGGCUGGGAAAAAUGCUGAAGCUGCCUGAGGAGUUUAUAGCAGGAACGGAGGGCGAAGGAGGCGGCGUGAUCCAGGGAACCGCUAGUGAAGCAACUUUAGUAGCACUUCUUGCUGCUCGCUCCAGGAUGGUAAAACGGGUUCAAGCCGAUCAUCCUGAGUUGACCGAGGUGCACAUCAUGUCCAAACUAGUAGCCUACGCAUCAAACCAGGCUCAUUCAUCCGUUGAGAGAGCAGGUCUAAUCGGAGGCGUGAGAAUGAAAAAACUUCCCACUGAUAGCAAGUUUGCAGUGAGGGGGGAGUACCUGAGGAAAGUCAUAGAGGAGGACAAAGCAGCAGGCCUCAUUCCCUUCUUUUUUUGUGCCACACUGGGAACGACACCAUCAUGUGCAUUUGACCGUAUCACUGAGCUUGGACCCAUAUGUAACGCAGAGGGGAUAUGGAUGCACAUUGAUGCUGCGUAUGCAGGAAGUUCGUUUAUCUGUCCUGAGUUCCGACCUCUCCUGGACGGUGUGGAGUUUGCUGACUCCUUCAACUUUAAUGCUCACAAGUGGCUGCUUGUGAACUUCGACUGCUCUGCGAUGUGGGUGAAGAAAAGGGCUGAUAUUAUUGGGGCAUUUAAGAUGGACCCACUUUAUCUGAAACAUGACCACCAAGAGUCAGGAUUAGUGACGGAUUAUAGACACUGGCAGAUCCCAUUGGGUCGGAGGUUCCGCUCGCUGAAGUUGUGGUUCGUGUUGCGUAUGUACGGGUGCCAAGGCCUGCAGCAGCAUAUCCGCAAGCAAGUCACACUGGCUAAGGAGUUUGAGAGUUUGCUGCUGGGAGACGAACGCUUCGAGAUCUGUGCUGAAGUGGUGCUCGGCCUGGUCUGCUUCAGAUUAAAGGGCUCCAACGACCUGAACGAAGUCUUGCUGAAGAGAAUCAACAGUAGUCGCAGGAUUCACCUCGUACCGUGUCAGUUGGCGGGUCAGUUCGUGUUACGCUUGGCUGUGUGCGCUCGCACCACUGAGUCACGGCACAUUCGUGAGGCCUGGACUCACAUCACUAAGCUGGCGUCCGAGCUACUCCGUGAAAACCAACACUGAGCACCAGGGCAUGAUGCCAUGCUCGCUAAUCAUUAUUCUCUUACACACAUCCUGCUGUUGCUGCAAUUCUUUCUCAUUUCUCUGUCUGCUUGUUUAUGUGUGUGAGAUCUAUCGGUGUCUGCCAAGUGAUAUUAUACAGCAAAGUCCAAAGGUCUAAGUCCACGAUUUAAAAUGAUUUUUGUGUUUUAAGUUUUAUUAUUAUUAUUAUGACAGGCCAAUUAUGGGGCUAAUGAUUCAUUUACAAUAACUUUCACUCAGUUUUGUCUUUGUUUGCCAUCAGAUCAAUUAUUUUCAGGGCGUAUAAAGGAGUUGAGAAAGAUUGCAUGCAUAAUCCAAACCAGGCUCCGACAUUGAACAAAUAGUCGAGACGGUUUCCUAAACAAAAUAAAUAAACUAGCUAGCUAGUGAUAGUUAUCACUGCUCUCGCUCCCAAAUCGUGACAAUUCCUGACUUUUUGCUGAUUUUUUUAGAAAUUAAAUGGUGGUGGACUUGGUACUGGACUUGCCUAUAUUUUCUUGCCAUAUUAUAUAUGUCUCUAUAAAGAAUUAUUAAUUGAUUUUAAAAAUAUAAAUCAAAAAUCCAAGGUGUUUUGGGUGUUAUUCUGUUGUGGUGUUCUCAUGUCUGGUGUCUGGUGUUGGAUUUGUGGUGUUGUCUGGCUUAACAGUGCGCACAAACACUUAUUGUUGUUGGAUUGGUCUAAUGGGAUUUGAGUUCUGCUGUGAUUUCUGAAAUAAAUA